AUCAUUCACACUCAGCAGCACUUACACACAACAAAAACACUUUUUUAAAGAAUAUUAUCUUUCAUUUUUAUAAAUAAUUAGCGUUUAUUUUUUUCGUCUUUUUCUUGCAUGUGUUGUUGAUCUUACGUGUAGUGUAGAGUCAGUUUGUGUGUGUGUGUGUUGCUGCUACUUUAACUCUUUGAUUGUAUGACUGCAUGUGUGUGAAUGUGUGUGUGUUGAUGUGAAAUUAUGGCGGUGAAUCUGGAUAAAGACGCGUUUUACCGCCGCAUCAAGCGACUCUACGGCAACUGGAAGAAAGGUGAAGAUGAGUUUGGGAAGGUGGACGCCAUUGUGGUCUCCGUCGGUGUCGAUGAAGAAAUCGUCUAUGCUAAAUCUACAGCCCUUCAGACGUGGCUGUUUGGAUACGAGCUGACGGACACCAUAAUGAUCUUCUGUGAGACGAAGAUCAUCUUCUUGGCCAGUAAGAAGAAAGUUGAGUUCCUCAAGCAGGUGGUGGCCACUAAAGGCAAUGAGAACGCCAACGGAGUUCCUCCCAUCACACUGCUGGUCAGAGAGAAGAACGAGAGCAACAAGGCUAACUUUGAGAAGAUGAUUGAAGCAAUCCGUGGCAGUAAAGAAGGUAAAACUGUGGGCGUGUUUAUCAAGGACAAAUUCCCAGGAGAAUACAUGAAGAGCUGGAGUGACAUGAUCACAGCUGAGGGCCUGCAGCGGGUGGACAUCAGUACGGUCGUGGCGUACACAAUGGCAGUAAAGGAGGACGGUGAGAUGGCGCUCAUGAAGAAGGCCGCUGCCAUCACCAGUGACGUCUUCACAAAGUUCUUCAAAGAGCGAGUGAUGGAGAUUGUGGAUGCAGAUGAGAAAGUAAAACACAGUCGUCUGGCGGAGUCGGUCGAGAAGGCCAUCGAGGAUAGGAAGUAUUUGGGCGGAGUCGAUCCUUCAACAGUUGAGAUGUGCUACCCGCCAAUCAUUCAAAGCGGAGGCAACUACAGUCUCAAGUUCAGCGUCGUCAGCGAUAAGAACCACAUGCACUUCGGAGCGAUAACUUGUGCGAUGGGCAUCCGUUACAAGUCCUACUGCUCGAAUCUGGUGCGUACGCUCAUGGUGGACCCGCCGCAGGAAAUGCAGGACAACUACAACUUCCUGUUACAGGUGGAGGAGGAGCUUCUCAAAGAGCUCAAACACGGUGUGAAGCUUUGUGAUGCCUACAGCACUGUCAUGGAGUUUGUCAAGAAAGAGAAACCAGAGCUGGUCAACAAGCUCACCAAAAACCUUGGGUUUGCGAUGGGGAUUGAGUUCAGAGAAGGAUCACUUGUACUGAAUGCAAAAAAUCAAUACAAACUGAAAAGAGGAAUGGUUUUCAGUAUCAGUCUGGGACUUGCGGAUUUGAUCAACAAAGAGGGAAAGAAGGACGAACAGAAGAAAUAUGCGCUCUUCGUCGGAGACUCUGUACAGAUCAAUGAGGACGAUCAAGCAACCAUUCUCACGCCUGUCAAAAAGAAGAUUAAAAACGUGGGAAUUUUCCUCAAGAACGACGAUGAAGAUGACGAUGAGGAAGACGUCGACAAUGCAGAUGAGCUGCUGGGUAGGGGAGCUCGUAGCGCCGCCCUGCUGGUAGACAGAACCAGGAAUGAGAUGACAGCAGAGGAGAAGAGGCGGGCUCAUCAGAAAGAACUGGCCAAUCAGAUGAACGAGGAGGCCAAACGUCGUCUUACAGAGCAGAAAGGAGGACAGCAGAUUCAGAAAGCCAGAAAGUCAAACGUGUCGUAUAAGAACAUAUCCCAGAUGCCCCGAGAAAAAGAUAUUCGAGAUAUGAAGAUCUUUAUUGAUAAGAAAUAUGAGACCGUCGUGAUGCCCGUGUUUGGCAUCGCUACACCUUUUCACAUCGCCACCAUCAAGAACAUCAGUAUGUCUGUUGAAGGAGACUACACAUACCUGAGGAUAAACUUCUUUGUACCGGGCAGCUCGCUGGGACGUCACGAGGGGAAUAUCUUCCCCAACCCAGAGGCCACGUUUGUCAAAGAGAUUACGUACCGUGCAUCUAACCUCAAAUCCCCCGGCGAUCACUCCGUUCCCUCCACCAACCUGCAAAACGCCUUCCGCAUCAUAAAGGAGGUGCAGAAACGCUACAAGACCCGCGAGGCCGAGGAGAAGGAGAAAGAGGGCAUCGUGAAACAGGACUCGCUCGUCAUUAACCUGAACCGCAGCAACCCCAAACUCAAAGACCUUUACAUCCGACCCAACAUCGCCCAGAAGAGAAUGCAGGGCUCGCUGGAGGCGCACACCAACGGGUUUCGCUUCACGUCAGUGCGAGGAGACAAAGUCGACAUUUUGUACAACAACAUCAAGCACGCCGUUUUCCAGCCCUGUGAUGGAGAGAUGAUCAUCGUCCUGCACUUCCAUCUCAAGAACGCCAUCAUGUUCGGUAAGAAACGACACACGGACGUCCAGUUUUACACGGAGGUGGGCGAGAUCACGACAGAUCUGGGCAAACACCAGCACAUGCACGACCGCGAUGACCUCUACGCCGAGCAGAUGGAGCGAGAAAUGAGACACAAACUCAAAUCUGCCUUUAAAAACUUUAUUGAAAAAGUGGAGUCCCUCACCAAAGAGGAGCUGGAGUUUGAGGUUCCUUUCAGAGACCUCGGGUUUCAGGGAGCGCCCUACAGGAGCACGUGCUUGCUGCAGCCCACGUCCAGUUCUCUCUGUAAUGUCACGGAGUGGCCUCCGUUUGUGGUGACCCUAGACGAGGUGGAGUUGGUUCAUUUCGAGCGAGUCCAGUUUCAUCUAAAGAACUUUGAUGUCGUCAUCGUUUAUAAGGAUUACAACAAGAAAGUCACCAUGAUCAACGCCGUGCCCGUCAACUCGCUCGACCCAAUCAAAGAAUGGCUCAACUCCUGUGAUAUUAAAUACACAGAAGGUGUCCAAUCAUUGAACUGGACGAAGAUCAUGAAGACUAUUGUUGAUGACCCUGAGGGAUUUUUCGAGCAGGGCGGUUGGUCUUUUCUGGACCCUGAGAGUGAGGGAAGCGGAGCAGAGGAAGAUUCUGAGUCAGAGGUGGAGGACGAGACGUUUAAUCCUUCAGCUGAUGAAGAGGAGGAGGAAGAGGAGGACAGUGAUGAAGAUUAUUCCUCAGAAACAGAAGACUCGAAUUACAGCGCAUCUCUCGGCAGUGAGGAGGAGAGCGGGAAAGACUGGGAUGAGCUGGAGGAAGAGGCCAGGAAAGCGGAUCGAGAGAGUCAAUAUGAGGAGACAGAGGAGACCUCAAACAGGAAGAGGAAGGGUCGUUCAUCAGCACCGCCCCCCAGCAGCAAGAAGAAGAGGAGACAUUAAACACACACUGCCAAAUCAGUUUCCCACAAUCCUCUUUUAUUUGCCCUCCUGUGUCUUACACACACACACACACACACAUUGUAUUUGGUGUAAAUAGCAUUGGCUCAUGCUGAUGAGUGAUUUACAGUUCUAUGAAAGCAUUGAUCUCUCACACAUCUUGUCUGUAUUUUCUGUUUUUUUUCUUCAUUCCGGUAAAUAUCAUCAAGUGUGCGUGCACGUCUGUGUGUGUGCGUGCGUGCACGUGUGUGAGAGCUUUUCUAAACCAAUAGUUGUGGUACAAUGUUGGAUUGUUAGAUAAGACUUCAUUUGUUCUGCUUAUUUGGGAAUAAAUUGAUGGACUGUUCAUGCGCUUUUACAUUAGUAAAUAUUGAUUGUGUUUGGUUUCUUUUUUUAAUUUGAGACAAACACACUCAGUGUAAACAUACUCUUUUGUUUUGUUUUCUUUAAUACUUUUUUUUUUGUUCUAGAUUGGUAGUCUUGUAUUGUUCAAUCAGAUUUUUUUUUUU